AUGAAGACGUUGGUGAUUGUGAUUCCUUCCUCAGGAACCUACCCAGGAAUCUGGAGUCGUAGUCUGUGUAUAAACGAGGGUUUGAUGAAAGGCACAAUGCUUCCUUUCUUUCACAGAGCUAUGCAAGAAGACAUGGGAAUUAUUGUAUUGAAUCCAAAUGUGAAUAGCUACUUUGACGAAGAGACUUCAGAACGAAAACCCAUUCCAUACAAUGAUACUCCAGAAAAGCAUGUGUUGUAUGUGUGGGAUCGUAUCAUUUCGUUCACCACUGCAAAAGAUGUUUUGAUCAUUGCUUACGGAGAGGGAGGAAAUCAUGCAAAAGCUCUCAUUCAGGCGCGCGAAAGCGUUGUUCUGAAUAAACUUCGUGCAAUCGCUUUUACUGAAUCACAACACACUCUAUCUUCGGAUCUCAGUUUUGGAUUAAGUCGAGUGGACUCGAAAGCCACUCGAGAUUUCUUGGAAAACCACACGCUCAACUGGAUUACUUCGGAUUUGCCGAUAGGAGAAAGAGACUAUGAGCAAGAAGAGCAAUUGGGCUGCAUUUGUGUUAGUGCAGCUCCUUCUAAUUGUAGUCCUGGCCUAUUAAACUCGAUCGCAAUGGAUCAGAUCUUUGACUUUUUCCAUUACGCUUGCAGUGAUCCGACACACACGACCGAGCAAUACUGGGAAACAGUAUUGCAUUCGAAAGAUAGUCCGAUUCGCCAACCUUCUGGAUCCGAUGAUAUGAAAACAACGAAUGAAGUGUUAGUGACGAAUCUGCCGUUAUCUACGAACUGGAUUGCAGAUAAUAUGGUUUCGAAAUGA